CGAUAACCUGAAAGUCUGCCGGGAACCCUUUGAAUAUUGCUGAGAUCCGGUAAUUGAGAGAGGGCCAUUUGCUGCAUUUCAAUUCACAAUGGGUCCUCAGUUCAAGAUGUUCUCCGGGUCUCAAAUGGCCCUGUUCCGGCCUUCAUGCUUCACGACUCCUUGCACAGCGCUUCCUCUCUCGCGAUGCUUCUCGACGACCUCCCCUGCCCUGGAUUGGCUCACUCCCAAGUACGCCGAGGUGUCGAAGUCUCCGAAGGGUCGCCCGCAUGUCCCGACCGGUGGCUCCUCGCGCGGUACGACUGUUGUCUGGGGUGACUAUGGCUUGCGGAUGAAGGAUCACGACCGUCGGUUGCCCGCCCAUUCUCUCAAGAUCGCCGAAGAAACCAUCAAGAGACGCCUGAGGGGUAUGAACUAUACGCUAUACAAGCGAGUCAGCGCGAACAUCGGUGUCUACACCAAGGGUAACGAGCAGCGUAUGGGUAAGGGUAAAGGAAAGUUCGACUACUGGACGGCGAAGGUCGCUGUGAGCAGAAUCGUCUUCGAGCUGAAGGGCGACCUGCACGAGAAGGUUGCCAGAGAAGCUUUCCGUCUGGCCGGUCACAAGCUGCCUGGACUCUGGGAGUUUGUGAAGAAGGGCGAGCCCCCGGUGGUCGGACUGACGAAACUCGGCAACGGAGUGACCCUGGAGAGCCUUAAGCGUGCCCGCAGAAGCCCGGCCCUGGGGAUGGAGAAUCUCCCCACGCCCCCGCAGUCGACCUCCUCCAGCCCAUCCGCUUCUCAAUAAAUCAAUCAACCGCCCGUCUCGAAUUUCUUGGAGAAUCUGUUCAUUACCCAUGUUUUAUUUACACUUAUCUCGCGGCACCUAAGCCCCGACACCCGAGCCAGGCCCAUAUCCCUGCUCUCUCCUGAUCCUUGCCGCCAGCGCUGCAGCCUCCUCUGGGGUUUCGGGC